AGACUGAAAAACGGCCGUUGGAUAAAUUUGCCGCAAUCUGCGGUGCUAAGGAGGACGGGCGAGAUUUUCACUUUAAAACACCUUUUGAAUAUUAGCACUUCGAUGCUGGAUACGCCGGAUUUGUAUUGGGAACGUCCUGAGGCCGAAGUGCUCUAUACACAGUUAAGGUCUGCGCUCAAUGUGAAUCCGCGAAUCAGAAUCCUCAAUUCUCGCCUGAACAUGUGUUGCGAGUUGACAGAGAUUUUAUCCAGCCUCCUGCAAUCCAGACACGGGGCUCGUUUAGAAUGGAUGAUCAUUCUGCUUAUUUGUGUCGAGAUCUGCUUCGAGGCGUAUUACUACUACGAACGUCGUCUGGAUCGGCUUACCUCCGCUUUCGAAGUGAACACGCACUGAUCUCUACACCGCAUUUUCGCUCUCUUUUGUACUAUGGCACUAUUGAAUAGAUCCACUGAUUUCCCAGACUCAUCUUCAAUUUUUGUCCCAGCACACGCGGUUUUAUCCCUGAGGCCGUCUCGAAUGAUGCAUUGGAAGGCCAAAUUGUC